GCCAGCUUAUGUUAUAAAGGUUCAUGUCCUGGACAGUACUCGCCAUCUUCUCUUCUUAUUACCUCGGUGACAUAAUAGGCGACUUAUAGAUAAUACACAGUUAGAGACAACUCUCAGCAUCAGUCUAAGAAACAGACAUCUCACGUGGGAAAGUUGUUCAUCUUCUUUUGUUUUCGGAUUACACUUACCCAUAAGGCUUCACGACAAAAUUGUCUUCUGUUAGUGUCAAGUCUGCUGUUGUGUGACACUGCAGUGACAGCCUACACUGCUGAUGACAGUUGCUCAGCCAAGUCCUGUGUGCAGUCAGUGAGGUAGUAGAAAACCGAUGACCUGAAGAAAUCUUCGUGUCACUAUUCAUUCUCUUGGUUCUAAUAGUGAGUCCUGCAUUGGUUCAAACUCAUCCUAUUAUCAAAGAACAACACCGCAUACAUCUUUAAGACUACGUGCGCUAAUUCGUCUGGUAGUUCAGAUUCACUUCAAAGUUGUGGCCAUGGACGUCUACGUGAGAAUGAGCCACCUCCUUGUCCUGCUCGUGUUAGCUACUUCAGGUUUAUGUAAAGAACCACAGAAAAAACCCAGAUUUAAUCGCAAUGACAUAGAGAAUGCUUUUAAAUUACUAGAAGUUAAAAUGAAAAUAUUACGUCAUCUGAACAUGACCACCAAGUCCGACAUGGACAAGUUACCAGAACCACCACGAAUGAAAGCUAUUGACCAAAAAUCCUAUAAAAAGGUCAACGUCCAGCAGAUGCCCAACAGAACGACCAUCUUCUCUGAACCAUCAGCUUCUCCUCGCCUCGACACUAUGUCGUUUAAACUGGCUUCACGCAUCACAUCUCCCAUUGAAGACAUCCAGUCGGCCAUUCUGGUGGUCAGGCUGAAAACUGUGCACAAUAAGAAGCAGAAGGUGAAGACCGAGAUUGAAGAUAAAACAGAAUUGGCAGAGAAAAUUAGUAGCUUGACCAAGAAACAGAAGCUUAAAGAAAAAAUGUUGAAGCAACUCCAGGCGAACGCUGGGAACUCUGAGAAAGGGGAGGACACCACCAAACCAACGUCUGGGCUUGCUAAAAAGUUCAAAGACAACAAAGGCGAGCCCAAAACUAGAGUGAGAAAUUUGGAUGAGUCCCCGGUGGUCAAAGUGGUUGUGCGGGUAGUAGAUGAGGCCACAGGAAAGAGGAAGAGGAUAGAAGACAGAAAUAUCCAAGUGGAGAGGUCCACUAUGAUGAAGGUCAACUUAAUGAAAGAGGUGGUAGAGGCGCUCCAGUCCCCCGAUCACACUCUCACCCUUCAGGUCACCUGCAAACGUUGCAAGAGGAGGGUGCAGAUGGAGAGUGUCUUCAAAACGCCCAAGCGAAAAAACAAGAAAAACGGCCCCAGCCCCAGACGUUUGAACCCACAGAGACCUUAUUUAGUCAUCACUCUGGACUCUUCUUCCUCAGCCAAUCGUGUUGAAACAGAAGUUCCAGAAAGCCGUGCCAAGAGAGCAAGUAUCAUUGGACCAUGUGCAAUGACCUAUGACAGUUUUCUGCAGGGUACAGAGGCGAUAAAAGCCUGUUGCUCUGUAUCAGUGUAUGUAACUUUUGAGCAGAUGGGUCUGCAAGACAUUGUUUUGUACCCAAGAGGGUUCUCUGUUGUCCAAUGCUUAGACAAGUGUAAGAUGUUUGAUAAGGCUGCUUCCAAUGGAGCAUUGAUACCAGAUUCAACAAGAGCUCCUAGUUCUGAUAUAGUACGCUCUGACUCCUCAUGUGAUCCUAUACAAAGGUCGUCUCUAGAGGUUUUCUAUUACAAUAAUGCAACUCGCUCCGUCAUUCCAAAAAGAAUCGAAGACCUCACAGACGGUUUCUGUGACUGCUCAUCGUGAUAAUAUGUUUAUUUUGAAAAGAAAAACUUAAUUUAAAUACAGAAAAAAAAUGUAAACCUCUGGGUUUUCACACGAUUACCUCUGGGUUCUCACAGGAAAACCUCUGGGUUCUCACAGGACAACCUCUGGGUUCUCACAGGACAACCUCUGGGUUGCCAUACGACACACAAAAUAUGCUCAUUCUUUUAGCAUAUUGAUAAUCAGCAGUAAUAUUAUUCUGUUAUAAACGUUAAGUCUUAUACUAUAGUGGUGACGUCAUAAGAAAACGCUCUGAAGCAGAACUUUACAAUGGUGUCAGAAGUAUUUUCAACAAGCUAGAGCCAUGUGUCUUGAUUCUCUCAUUGUCACAUCAUUGUACUCUCACUACGUUAACUGUCUGACCUGCCACUCUAUUUAUUGACUCAUUCCUGCCUAGACGAGUCUGUGACUCGUGUAUUAACAAAGAUCAUGUCGUUACUCUAUUUAUUAAUAAACGUUUCUUAAACUACAUGAUUGAAACACAUCGGAAUAUGUCCUCUCUUUCCUUGGGUUACAGAAGUUACAGGUUAAGCAACAGCUGGCUUAACCUGUAGCAGUUCGUCCACUUUGUUUCCUUAUAAGCUUUAAAAUCCUUUGUUUUAAAUCUGAGAGAAUUUCUAUAGUUUUUUUUAUAUUAUUGUUAUUCUUUAUCUGUGAUUCACCCUGUCAAUCUAUUAGAAACUAAACUCUCAGAUUAUAACAUUGAAAUCAACCAGGUUUCUUCAAUCAGCUAUCAAUGUAACAAGAAACUUGCUGGUCCUGUCCUUCAUGAUGCCCGACCAGCUUCCAGACAGUCCACCUUUACUGCGUCUCCAUCUGCUACUUCUUAUUAAAAACGUGAUCUAAGGACACAAUGCUAAUUCCACCAGUAUUUUUUUUCUUCACAGUAUUAAAGAGUUCAUUCUGUUUGUCUGUCCAACUAUUGCCAAACAUUUUACAAACAAAAGUUCUUGUGGAACUAUAAGUCUGGGAAGCCAUUUGCUCUUGACCCGCAAGGUUUCUCUUCAGGUUUUUUUUUCGCAGAUGGAUUUAGAGUCUUUUAAGACCUCACUCCCUUGGAGUUUUGAUGAUGACGAUAAAAGAUCGACGUGCUAGACGUUGUCUGCAACAAGGGAUGUUGGUCUACUUGCUGUACUGUCUUGCAGGUCAAUAGGCUAAGCAUUUUCUGCAAUAAAAUCGUGUAGAUCUUCCAGCUACAUAUUUUGUGCACUAUGUUCUAAUAGAACAUCUUGUCAGUCAUUUAAUGCUUUAAGUUGUGUAGCUCAAUAUGCUCGUCAUUUAAUGCUACAAGGUCUUCUAAAUCAGCUAGACAACAUUUUGAUUUCGUGCAAUGCGAUUCUUCAGAUACACAUUUUCAGCUUUAACAUUUUUUAGAUCUACCUGCAAGGAACUUUGUGCAAUAUGAUCUUGUGUAAUUCUACUUUCUAGACAUCCACUGCAAUUUAGGUUAAUAAUCUCUGUUGUCCUGAAAUUAGUUUCCAUUUAAAACUCAUAAGCGAAAAAGGGAAAUCUCUUGUAAAAUGAACACGGUCUCACUCAUUAUGAAAUCCGAUAUAUGUCCUGUAGCAAUCCAAUCCGUAUCUCUCUUUAACUGUUAAAGUCUUCUAGUCUUCAGAUACCAUUACCAGAAUUUCCGAUUCUUCCCCCUCCCCC